GUCUGCCGACGACGGGGAUCGUUAGGAGGAAAAGUUGUCUUCAUCGUUCAUGUAUCAACGACGUUGACGUAAAAAUGUCGAUUGUCGCUGGAGUUUCGACAUAGAAGCCACCUAAACUCCCAGCAGAGAGGAUGAAUGUAGUCUGGAUACUUCUCCUUUUCAUUGAGGAGGGAUUUCCUCGUGCUCAGAAGACUGCAGAUGAUGCCGCCGCAUCCAAAGGGCUCAAACCGUCUCAGAGGCCGACGCGUUCUCGCCACUGUGGGAAGUGGAUACGGCACGCGGACGGUGGCAGCUUUAGCUCGCCAAACUACCCCAACAUCUACCCACCCAACAAGGAGUGCCUGUAUGUGCUCGAAGCGCUCCCCCGGCAAAGGAUCGAGCUGCUGUUUGACGAGUCGUUCUACAUCGAGGCGUCCUUCGAGUGUCGCUUUGACCACAUCGAGGUGCGCGAUGGCCCCUUCAGUUUCUCGCCGCUCAUAAACCGCUUCUGUGGCGCCACCUGCCCCGGGCUGGUCCUGUCCAGUGGACGCUUCAUGUGGAUACGCUUCUACAGCGACGAAGAACUGGAGGGGAUCGGUUUCCAGGUCCGCUACAGCUUCACGGCAGACCCGGAGUUCCAUCUGCAUGUGGGAGGACUCCUAAACCCCAUCCCAGAUUGUCAGUUUGAGCUGUCCGGGGCCGAUGGCCUGAUCCGAUCCAGCCAAGUGGACGAGGAGUACAAGGUCAAGCCCGACCAGGCCGUGGACUGCAUCUGGACCAUACGCGCCCCGACGAACAACAAGAUUUACCUGAGAUUCCUGGAGUACCAGCUGGAGAACUCCAACGAGUGCAAGAAGAACUUUGUGGCUGUUUAUGAUGGAAGCAACGCCAUCGAGGACCUCAAGGCCAAGUUUUGCAGCACAGUGGCCAACGACAUCAUGCUGGACACGGGCGUGGGCGUGGUCAGGAUGUGGGCAGAUGAGAGCAGUCGCCUCAGCCGCUUUAGGAUGUUGUUCACUUCUUUUGCUGACCCUCCCUGUGUCGGCAGCGCGUUCUUCUGUCACAGUAACAUGUGCAUCAACAAUUCUCUGGUGUGCAACGGUAUACAAAACUGUGUUUUUCCCUGGGACGAAAGCAACUGCAAAGAAAAGAAGCAGAAAGGAAUCUUCCAGCACACGACGAGGACUCACAGCACGGUUAUCUGUGUGUCCACCGGCGUGGUCAUGCUGCUCCUCAUCGUCUCCAUCUUGGUGCAGAUCAAGCAGCCACGCAAGAAGCUGUUGGUACGCAAGAAUAACUUGUUCCAGCGUGGCGACUUCCACACAGCAUUUGAGCCGCCGCAUUAUGAACUCUUGACUCUCAGAGAAAAGAAGCAGUCAGGUGACCUGGGUGAUCUUUCCGAGGAGCUUCAGUCCCUGCAGGCCCUGAGGAGGUCAUCUUCUUCGGGCUCUCGCUGUGUUCACGAGCACCACUGCGGCUCUCAGGCCUCGCUCACCUCAAUCAGAGGGGCUCCCGGGGCGGGCCGCAGGUCUUCGGAGCUGACCCCGAUCCGUGGCGACGUCCAGAGAGCUCUGCCUCCUCUGCGCGACUCCGCCGGCAGCUUUCGCAAGAAAAGCUGGCCUAGCGUCAAAGCAGCCGCCGGCCUUCACGCGCAGUACAGCCCGGCAGAGCGACACCACCGAGUCGUGGAGGACCAGGAAGACGACCGAGAGGCGCGGGAUGGCGCCGGCUACGACUUAUACGUACACGGGGCCGCCAACAGGAGAGGCCGCUACGAGAUGGUCCAGCAAAGAUCUUUAUCCAUGGACUUUUAAUCUAAAAACAAAAUGACCAUGACCAUGUUUCUGGCUGUGGAGAAGACGCUUUUCAAUCUUCUGCUGGAGCGUCCAUCUCCUUCCACUGGGAAAAGAGUUUCCUGUUGGUGCUCUUCAUACCACCUACCCACCUUAUGGUAAAUAACCUUUUGUUCAUAAAAACAGAACCAAUGUUAACACUUCUACAGCGUCAAAAAAAAUGUAAUUAAAAAGUCUGCAUGGACUUCUGCUGCUGGUGGCGACUUACGGAGCAAGACAACAUCACAGGAAUCACCACCAGGAACAGAAAGACUCGCAAAAAAGUGUCAUGGAUUAUCUCCUGGGAAGAAAAACAAAGAGGUUGAUGAUUUAUUUGAAAGAAAUGGGAUCAAUUAUGAAAUUCAAUUUUAAAACAAUUGUAACGUCAGGAAUGUAGUUAUUGCGUCAAUACUUCUGCCUUUCGGGCAAGUUUUUCAAUUUAGCAUUAUCCAUCUGUGUAAAAUACGUGGUUCAAAUUUGGUCACGGAAAGACAAAAUCUCUUGGACGAAUUUAUUUUGAAGGACGCUUGGAAAUGGCCAAAAUGACUCUAAAAUGGCCGCUUAUUACCAAAAUGGAAGACUUCCUGUAUUUUUUCAGGCAUAGCUUCUUGAGACUUUUUGGUAAGACAACUCAUGAAAGACAUUCAUUCAUUCAUUAAUUUUCUGAGCCGCUUUUUCUCACUAGGGUCGCGGGCGUGCUGGAGCCUAUCCCAGCUGUCAUCGGGCUGGAGGCGGGGUGCGCCCUGAACUGGUUGCCAGCCAAUCGCGGGGCACAUAGAUACAAACAACCAUUCGCACUCACAGUCAUGCCUACGGGCAAUUUAGAGUCUCCAAUUAAUGCAUGUUUUUGGGAUGUAGGAGGAAACCGGAGUGCCCGGAGAAAACCCACGCAGACACGGGGAGAACAUGCAAACUCCACACAGGCGAGGCCGGGGAUUGAACCCGGGUCCUCAGAACUGUGAGGCUGAUGCUCUAACCAGUCGGCCACCGUGCUGCCUCAUGAAAGACAUGUGUACCAAAAUUCAUGUUCCCAAGUGAAACUGGCUUCACGUGUUGGAUUCUCAAGAUUUCCAGGGGGCAAUGUAUUGUUAGUUUUAUGUUUUAUUUUGGGACAUCAAAUGUUGUUGCAGUGCUUUUUCCCCACACACAACAACAAAAACUAAAAUCCUUUACAGUUUACGGUCACCCAUCUGUCUUGUAUACAUGGUGCAAAUUUGGUGGCAAUCAGGCAAAAUCUCUUGGGCAAGUUCCUUGGGCUUCCGGAAAUAGCCAAAUUGGGCUAAAAAUGGCUGCUUGAAACCAAAAUGGCAGACUUCCUGUGUAUUUUUGGCCUUGGCUUCUUAGACUUUGUGUGUGUGUGCCUACUCAUGAUAGACAUGCCUACCAAAUUUCAUGUUGCCAAGUGAAACAUCUAGUCUGGUUCAGACCUUGUGAAGUUGAGUUUUGCGUUUCAUCAAAAUGUCGAUUUAAGUAAAUGACAACAAAGACACAAAACAAUGUUUUGAAACUCACCGCAUCCGAGCAGGAAUCAAUCCAGAUGUGUAAAAACAAAACACAACUGAGGAUGACAAAAAAAAAAAAGUCAACAAAAGUGGUCAGUAAACAUUGUCACGUCUUUUCCAUUUAAAACACAUUCACUGCCAUUGACGGCUUUAGAAGUCAAACAUCCAUGUUAACUGGGAGGGCUGGCAGUGAAUGAGUUUUAACGUUGAAAGUGCUGACCUGGUGCAAUAUUUAGCUUGGUCCUGGAUGGUGACACUUCGGGGGUCAGGAAUCAGCGGAGUGGAUUUGAUGAAAGGCGUGAGCACAUACGCUAAGUACACAGCAGCAGGGAUCAACCUGAUCAAGAUUUCAAUUACGUUAGCCGCAUCGUUUACGCUCAAGUCCAGAAAGAUUCAAAAGAGACACUCACCACACGUAUACGUAGACUGGUAAAGAUAAUAGUUGACUUCUGCGGGGAUUCUGUGAGACAAAUGUGGAUUAUUUAUGCAUCUUAUUUCAAAUGUGGCCAACAGUUUACAUGUUAAUGUCUCACCUGCCUUCCCUCCUCCUCAGCUGGCAUCGCUCUCCAUCCUUUGAUGGGGUUUUUGGACUUCCAUGCGUACACUGCCACCAGCAGGAAUGAGAUCAGAUAAAAUGUCUGCAGGCCAAAAAGACAAGGAAAACACAAAACAAAGCAAAAAAGUUCACGUCUGGCCCACGAUAUCUCGUUCUCUAUCAGCGAAAUAAACACAUAAAUGCAUAUAGUCCGAAGGUAAUGUUAAAGUAACUAGCAUUUAGUUUGCUUCCUAGUGAAAACAAACAUUCAUCAGGCCAAUCUAGGCGAAUGGGAGUCUGACUAAAUAACCUCAUCCUUUUGUCCCUUUUUCAUUGUCAGCUGUAAAGUUGUAUUUUUAAAAUAAAAUAAUAAGAAACAUAAAUGUCUUUAUCCAUGUCUUACAUGUUUUGCCUCAGAUGUUUGUUAUGCACAUAAUGUUCAUUUAAAGUAGCAAUUACAUGGAGAUGCGGAGGUAUAUGAUGUCAUCAGUAUAAUAUAUAAUGUACAGUAGAACCUCGAUUUACCGGACCAUGACUUAACAUUAGCAGAGACUGGAUAUGUAUUUCCGUGUCACAGACAUAACAAUAUGACUAAAUCCAACAAACAAACGUUCAUCCCGUGCCUACAUAGCGGCAAUAAUGAAUGUGGCGACAUUCCAUCAAAGGCAAUGUAUUGUUCGUUAGGCGGCCAUGUUGAAUAUGGCACUUUUCCAGGCCAUGCAUUGACGUGGUGGCCAUGAUGGCAGGGGAAAAAAAAAAGUACUGUAUAGUAAUAUGAGUGCAUAUGGCCACAAAAAAAGUGCUUCAAUAUAACGGACAAUUGGCUAUAACAGACGACCCUCCACUAUUAAUCUACUAAAUCGAGGUUCCACCGUAUUAAUUUGCAUUCAAAUUUUCCACAGUGAGGCUAAUGUAUUAGAUAUUUGUGUGUUACAUAUUUAGUUUUCCCGAUAGCAUAAAACAACAGGUUAAAAUCACGAGGUGGUGCAACUGUAAUUGAUAUGGCAAAUCGGCAGCGUGGUGGAAUUGUGGUUAGCACGUCUGCCGCAAAGUUCUGAGGUUUGGGCAAAUAGCGGGUGCAAAGUGUGAUGUAAUUUUAUUUCAAUGUCAUAUUCCGACAGUGCCUCUUUGGGUAAUGAUUGUUCACUGACUGUCUAUGAUAUUAUGUAAUACAUGAAGUUCAAGUACAGUUCUCGUGACAAUGAUGUAAUUUUAUUUUUUAUUUUUUUACAAGUGACCCUUUGGUACACUCACAUUCCUCAGAUUUACAACACGUGUUUUACAUCAUGAUGACAUUUAGACUCUACUUCAUGUGCAUGUAAUAAAUGAAAGAUUGUUUUGUAACACUAAUGAUAACAAUUACAAUACACGAAUGGAUUCAGAUGUUACAAAAAGGCCAGAAAUGUUGAGAACGGUGGAAACUUCCACAAAAAAACUUUCUUUUGUAUUUGUAUGUGUGAAUGUUGCAAGUUAACGGUGUGUUUUUAAGACAUGUAAAUCAAUUUUAAAAAAUGUAUACCACUGUCAUUUACUCUAGUGCCAUUAAUACGAAAUGAUAUUUCACAGCUUUCGGGGAAACCUGGGAGCAACAGAAAACAGCUAUUCCCACUUCUGCUUUAAAGAGAAAUAAAUGUUUUCACUA